AUGGAUGAUAUUGAAUGGGACUCGUUUAUAGAAAUCCCAGAUAUUUUCAGUGACACAAAUUUUUUGCCACCUUUUGACAAUGAAGAUAGCGAUAGUAUUAUUGAUAUAAACCCUUGUUCAUUGUAUUCCAACCAGAUAAAUAACGAUAUUGUUGUAAAUACAGACCUUUCAAUGUUUACUGAACAUAACAAUAAUCAUCUAUUGUUUUCCAAAUAUGGUGAUAAUCCUACGCCAUUGUUUGAGGAUGAAAAUACAAGCUCAUCGCUUUUUGGAAAUGACAAUAAUCCCAGUAAUAUAGAUGCUUUUAGUUAUCAACAUAACCUUCGUGUAAGAAAUGAAUUUGAUGAUUGGCCAUCUGUUGAUAGGUUUAUCUAUAACUAUUGCCUGGAGCGAGGAUUUGGAUACCAAGUUUUCCAUAAUGACAAAGAUUCAAAUGAUCCUAGUAUUACUCGUCGCAAGUCCUUUCGUUGUUCAUCAAGUGGUACUUAUGAAUCUUGGAAAGCAAUUGACCAAAAUUCACAUCAUAUACGGGUACCACAAAAACGAAUUGUGGAUGGUAUUGCACCUUUACACUUUCAAAAACUGCGUAUCUUGUGA